AUGCAGCGGAGACACACCACGCUGAGGGAGAAGGGGCGUCGCCAGGCUGUGCGAGGCCCAGCCUACAUGUUUAACGAGCGUGGCUCGGCCCUGACGCCGGAGGAAGAGGGUUUCCUUGACGCUGCCGAGUACGGCAACAUCCCCGUGGUCCGUAAGAUGCUGGAGGAGUCCAAGACCCUCAACUUCAACUGUGUGGACUACAUGGGCCAGAAUGCAUUGCAGCUGGCGGUGGGCAAUGAACACCUGGAAGUGACUGAGCUGUUGCUAAAGAUGGAUGGGCUAGCCAGAGUGGGCGACGGGCUCCUAUUGGCUAUCUCUAAAGGGUAUGUGCGUAUCGUGGAAGCCAUAUUGGCGAACCCGGCGUUCAGCCAAGGGUUACGGCUCACCCAGAGUCCCCUCGAACAGGAGCUACGGGAUGAUGAUUUUUACGCUUAUGAUGAAGACGGGACACGCUUUUCCCACGACGUCACCCCAGUCAUCCUAGCAGCACACUGUCAGGAGUAUGAGAUUGUGCAUAUUCUGCUCACCAAGGGGGCCCGCAUCGAGAGGCCUCAUGACUACUUCUGUAAGUGCAAUGAGUGUGUAGAGAAGCAGAAGAGAGACUCGUUCAGCCACUCUCGCUCCAGGAUGAACGCUUAUAAAGGGCUGGCCAGUGCUGCCUACCUGUCCCUGAGCAGUGAAGACCCUGUCCUCACCGCCCUGGAGCUCAGCAAUGAACUGGCCAGACUGGCUAACAUAGAGACUGAGUUUAAGCUGGGUCAGAUCCUGAGAAGUCCCUUCAUGAAGUUUGUGGCUCACGCAGUGUCCUUCACCCUCUUCCUGGGCCUGCUGGUCAUCAACGCCUCGGACCGCUUCGAGGGGGUCAGGAACCUGCCCAACGAGACCAUCACUGACCACCCUCGCCAGGUGUUCCGGGUCAAGACCACUCAGUUCUCCUGGACCGAGAUGCUCAUCAUGAAAUGCGUGCUGGGUAUGAUCUGGUCGGAGGUCAAGGAGAUCUGGGUGGACGGUCCUAGAGAGUAUGUGAUGCACCUGUGGAAUGUGUUAGACUUUGGCAUGUUGUCUAUCUUUGUGGCUUCGUUCACCGCUCGGUUCAUGGCCUUCCUCAAGGCCUCGAAGGCCCAGCUGUACGUCGACCAGUUUGUCACCGACGAAGACAUCCGCAACGCAUCACUACCUACAGAGGUAGCCUACUACACCUAUGCCAGGAAUAAGUGGCGUCCAUCGGACCCCCAGAUCAUCUCAGAAGGUCUGUAUGCCAUUGCUGUGGUGCUGAGUUUCUCCCGCAUCGCCUACAUCCUGCCAGCCAACGAGAGCUUCGGCCCCCUCCAGAUCUCCCUGGGCCGGACGGUGAAGGACAUCUUCAAGUUCAUGGUCAUCUUCAUUAUGGUGUUUGUGGCCUUCAUGAUCGGCAUGUUCAACCUCUACUCGUAUUACCUUGGAGCCAAGUACAACCCUGCCUUCACCACGGUGGAGGAGAGCUUUAAGACUCUGUUCUGGUCCAUCUUCGGUCUGUCGGAGGUGAUCUCCGUGGUCCUGAAGUAUGACCAUAAGUUCAUAGAGAAUAUUGGCUAUGUGCUGUUUGGGGUCUAUAACGUCACUAUGGUGGUGGUUCUACUCAACAUGCUCAUCGCUAUGAUCAAUAGCUCCUACCAAGAGAUAGAGACAGAUGCAGAUGUAGAGUGGAAGUUUGCCCGUGCCAAGCUGUGGAUGUCCUACUUUGACGAGGGUCGCACUCUGCCCGCUCCUUUCAACAUGGUGCCUUCUCCCAAAUCCUGGUACUACCUAGUCCUCCGCACCAAGGCCUGCAUCGUUCACCUCUGCAAGGCCAAGGGGCGUCGCCAUGACAACGAGCUAGAGAUGGGCAUGCUUAACCCACGACUCAAGGGCAAACGCUACAGAGCCCACGGUCGACCACGAGAGGAAUCCACUCUCAGAAAACCCAUCAAACAUCCCACCAGAUACCAGAAGAUCAUGAAGCGUCUCAUUAAGCGCUAUGUUCUGAAAGCUCAGGUUGACAGGGAGAACGAUGAAGUCAAUGAAGGGGAACUGAAGGAGAUCAAGCAGGACAUCUCCAGCCUGCGCUAUGAGCUCCUGGAGGAGAAGUCUCAGGCCACCGGAGAACUGGCUGACAUCAUCACACAACUCAGUGACACAUUUGUCAAGAACGCCACCAAAAAAAACCUAAGAGAGAGGGGAGAAGGGGUAGGAGACAGGCGUGGGGGAGGCAUGAAAAUAGAGGGAGAGUGAGAGGUGGGGAGGGGAAGAGAACUGGUGGACAGAGAGAAUUAGAGAAAGAGCGAGAGAGUGAUGGAGAGAGUGGAUGAAAAGAUGGUCAGGGAUGAGAGUUGAAAGAGUGGCUUUCUGGGGAGUAGAUUCCCUGAUCUAAUUAGUGGAGGGAGGAGAGUGAGAUAGGACAGGAGGAGAAGAGAGAAAGGGAGGAGAUCAGUGGGACGGAGGGAGAAGAGAGGAGGCAGGAGAGAGGAAAAGUGACAGAGGGAGGAGGCUCUGAACAGCGCGAGGGGAAUAUAGGGGAUGUUUAGAGUAGAAUUCCGAGGCAGCAACGAAAGAUGACCCACGCAGCCACACUACAUCAACUCAACGAGAGAGA